AUGUUUAAAUUAUUUUUAUUAUUUUUUAUUUUUAAAUUAAUAAAUUUGGAGCCCAUAUUAAACAGAAAAUCGACUUAUUAUUGGAGUCAAAGAUCGCUAGAAUGUAUCAAUCACGGAUUAAAUAUUUCAAGAUGUUCACUUUUUGAAGAAGGAAGAAUAACAGAAUUAAAUCCUGGAUGCUUUGACGAAUUAAAUAGUCAAAACAAAACUUUGGUUUAUUGCAGACUAAAAUGUGAGGAAUCUGAUGAAGCAACUGUGUUAAGGAAGGAACCUUCAAAUAAUCAUAUUUGUGCAUCCUAUCAUACGUAUAAUUUGGAAAGAAGGAGACGAGAUUGGUAUAUUUGGCGUUCUGGUGAAUGUAUAAACACAACAAUCAAAUUUGUUUUAAGAUGCGGAUUCCCUCGAGAUCCUCGAGUAUUUUAUGCUCAAAAUAAACAUUUAUAUGAAUAUGAUGAUUUUACAACUAUUAGAAAUAUUGGAUAA